AUGGGGAAGUUUAAUUUAUAUCCAUCGAUAAGCAAUAAUAUAAAACGUACAGUUUUAAACUCAAUAAAGCCAAAAUCGGCUUCGAGGUUAGGCCUAUUCCAGUCUGUACAAUCAAAACUUCAAACGAGGGCGUUUCAUUCGUCUCGUAAUGUGUUGAUCAACUUCGACCCGUACCUGACGCUAGGAGUGGAAAAGUCGGCUUCAGCUAAAGACAUUAAGAAGGCAUAUUAUCAAUUGGUCAAAAAGUACCAUCCGGAUGUUAAUAAGGAGAAAGAUGCUGAAAAACGAUUCCACAAGAUCCAAGAGUCAUAUGAGUUAUUGAGUGACAAAGAAAAGAGGUCUCAGUACGAUCAGUUCGGUGCAGCAGCGUUUGAUUCGAACGGUAAUGCAAAUCCAUUUGCAGGUGGUAAUCCAUUUGGCGGGUCUCAUGGUGGUAAUCCAUUUGGAGGAGGUGCUGGUGGUAACCCUUUCGGUGGCAUGGGAUUUGACUUCGAGGAUUUAUUUAAACAAGCAUUCAAUGGUGGCGCUGGUGGUAGAGGUGGUGGUGGUGGCCAAUUCGUGACGGAACAUGUCGGAGAUAAUAUAGAAGUCUUGAAGACGAUAGGAUUCAAAGAAUCCAUUUUCGGGACAAAGGUGGAAAUCAACUACAAGGCAGUUGAUUCAUGUAAUACGUGUAAGGGUAGUGGUAUGAAGAAGGGUAAAAAGAAGACUACUUGUUCGACAUGUCACGGUACGGGACAGAGUACCCAUAUUUUAGGUGGGUUCCACAUGUCAUCAACUUGUAACUCAUGUCAUGGGACUGGUGUGACUAUUCCUUCCAGUGAUCAAUGUACUAGUUGUAAAGGUAAUGGGGUGGAAGAAGUCCCAAAAUCUACUUCGGUUGAUUUGCCAUGUGGUAUCGCCGAUGGUACAAGAUUAAGAAUUCCAGGUGCCGGUGAUGCUCCUUUCAUCACAAAGGAUCCUUACAACCAAACUAGAAAUGGUGAUUUGAUUAUCAGAGUUCACGUUUCUAAGGAUCCCGUUUUCACUAGAAGUAAUAAUAAGAUUGUUGUAAAUCAAGACAUUAUUAUGACUACUGCGGCAUUAGGUGGUGAAAUUGUAGUUCCAACGAUAGAUGGGCAAAGUAUUAAGUUGAAGUUGAGACCUGGUGUUCAAAAUGGUAAGACUUUAACUAUUCCAGAGAAAGGUGUACCAAUAAACAGAAAUAUUCAAAACAGAGGUGAUAUGGAAGUUAAAAUAAAUGUCAAGACAUUGAUUCCAGAAACCCCUAUACAAACUGCGCUUUUGGAAGCUUUAGCUGAUGCAUUUGAUGACAAAAAUGCUAAGAGAACGGACGCACAUUGGAAGUUAGACUUAAACGAAGACGAAAAGGACGUUAAGGAAACUUUUGAUGAGAAAGACUUACAUCCUUCGAAGUUGAAUAGAAUUGGCAAAUUCUUGGGAAAAUUUUUCAACAUGAAGGAUGAAGACAAGAAAUGA